UCCUUUUCUCUGUUUGAACUCUUACCAUCGGAAAACCCCAAAAAGAAGAAAAAAAAGGUGACUAAAGAUUUACAGUACCGGUGAAAAGUAAAAACGGAAACCACGAGGCCGCUUGAAAAGUUUUGCCCGCACUUUUGUUCACGCCUACUGUAAAACAUUCCUGCAAACGCAGUUGGGUGGCGGUCUGCAGCUCGCCGCUGACGACGUGUUCGUGCUUUCAAUUUAACUCAAUAAAAUUGGUACUUCUCUUUUGGGGAAAACUUGGAUAAAGAAAUAUACACCGAGAUGCAAGUUGUAACCGCUAAUGACGGCAGCGCCAAUGUCAUCACGUCGGAAAAGCGAGGCUCCGACGACGGGGAGGAUGGCGUGGUGCUGAUUGCGGAUGGCAGUGGAAGCGGCGGUGCCGGCGGAAGUAGUAGAAGCAGCCAAGCUAACAGUAAGAAGUCACUGGACCGAGUCAAAGGACCGUGGUCGCAAGAAGAGGACGCGAUAUUGGGUCGACUUGUGAGCAAUUUUGGGGCGAGGAAUUGGAGCCUCAUUGCCCGUGGAAUUCCCGGUAGAUCGGGCAAGUCUUGUCGCCUUCGCUGGUGUAAUCAGCUGGACCCAGCCGUUAAGCGCAAACCUUUCACCGAUGAAGAGGAUAGCAUUAUUCUACAGGCCCAUGCUAUCCAUGGCAACAAAUGGGCAUCCAUUGCACGGCUUUUGCCGGGAAGAACUGACAAUGCAAUUAAGAAUCACUGGAAUUCUACCCUGAGGCGCCGUUGCAUGGAAUCUGACAAGUUUAAAUUUGAUUCCAGCCAGGUGAUGGAAGAUGCUAGUGCCGAAAAAUCUAAAGCAUCAUCCAACGAGACUCUAUCAUGUGGAGAUGUCAACUCAUCAAAGUCCUUGGACGGUAAGGAUGUUAGCUCUAAGGAAAAGAUGGAUGAUGAGCAGCAUGAGAUUAGUACUCAAACUGACUAUCAAUGCAGUUCUGAAGCAGGAGACCCUCCUUCCUUGUUCCGGCCUGUGGCUCGGAUUAGUGCUUUUAGUGUUUAUAGUUCCUUGGAAGUCUUCGAAACCUCAUUGCCAAGUGCAAGGCUGGCUCACUUUGAAGGAACACUGGAUCCAGUAUUAAAAUCUGAUAGUGGGAUGAGCAAAUUGUUUCAAGCAGCUUAUGGUGAUCAACUGAUCCCUCAUCAAUGUGGCCACUGUUGCUUUGCAAGUUCUGGUACAGCGGAAUCCAGGACCUCAUUUUUAGGGCCUGAAUUUGUUGACUAUGCAGAGCCUCCAUCCUUCCCAAGCCACGAAUUAGCCACAUUAGCUGCUGAUAUCAGUAAUGUUGCGUGGUGCAAAAGUGGGUUAAAAAAUAACAGUGUGGAAAAUGCAGCUAAUAGCGUAAUGUCUAGUAGAUCUCACUUGCAAAUCAGAGCUCCUGAAGGGAGUAGAAUGUAUGACAGUUUGGAAGAUCGGAAAUGCAGAUUAAUGGGCAUGAUGACUGAACCUGUGACAAGCCCGUGAAGCAGGAGGACUCAGCUGAUAGAUGGUAAUGUUGGAGGUCGAAUUUGAUUUGCUGACUGCAUGACAAUCUUCAAUGGAAUUUGAAGAAUAAAAGGAGCUAGAAUGUGGUUGAAAUAAGCCUGCAGAAAAACUCAUAAGAUUAAUCUCAUGAAUAAGAACUGCCCCUUAAAGAAGCACCCAGAGGAAGUGGUCUGCAUGUGACUUGUUUGAGUCGGAAGAGAAGAUGAUGUACUGAUUAGCAACGUUAUUCAUGAUACUGGAGAAAGCUUUUUUCUGAUGUAGUGCCACUGAUUCUAAGGAUUGGCUUCUUUGCCUAAUGUGUUAUUCUUUGCCUGGGUGGUAUGUGAUGAAAGAUAUGGUGAAAAAGUGCCUCCUUUGUCUCUUUUUAGCUCCUGUUUGCUUUCGUAUUUCCUAUUCUUUUCCUGACACCUGGUGUAGUUACAAUUUGAGAACGUGGAGCAGUUUUAUUUUCCUAUAAUUUAAUGUUUCCUUCUCUGAAGCACAGGCUAAUAAUCUUACUUGUCCAGAAGAGUUUCACCAUGUAAAGACAAGUAUGCUAACUCUGAUUUUAUAUUCCUUCUUUGUUCCUUUAUGGUAAUUUUCAUGCUCCCUUUUUUUUCCCCUGUAGGUUUGAGCUUCAUUUAGUUGAUUGUUGUUUUUCUUUUCUCCCACCUGAGUUGCCCUGUGCACGUGCAACCCUAGACAAAGAGGAUCAGUUUGGAGUCACUUUUUGUGGCUAUCUUCUUCAAAAUCACAGCAAGCACGGAUGCUUCUAACACUAUUCUGGAUACUUGUAUUUUUCUUCUCAAUUUUGUCAUCUCAAUCUAAAGUUCAAACAUGUAGCAUCCAACAUCAAUGAGAAGGCCCUCAAUAUAUGGGAAAUCUGAAGCUGGUGGUGCUAAACAUGUUCUUAAGUUUAUCUAGGAGCAUGAGUUUCCAUUUUUUGCAAUGAUGCUUGAAUUCCUGAUGGUGUUGAUAGGUUUCCCUUGUAUCCUGUAGAGCUGGUGGUUUCUUGUUUGACAAACCACCCAACUGUAGCACUUUGGUCAUUAACAGAUUUUUUCCCCUCUCUUUUAUUCAUUGUAGUCUUUCUGGCUUAGGCAGGAAACUAUACCAUAGCGGUAAAAACUUCAAUCGUUUUUAGUAGCAGUAUCAAAAUAAAUUGAGGUCGAGGUAAUGGCAAGUACUUCUCCAGCAGAUUGUGUAUUUUGCAUGGAGGGCCAGGACUGGUUUUGUAUGUGAAGGUGAUGAUCAUCUGCUUUCUCCUCCUGAAGUUCUUGUAGAACAGGCAGAGAAGGCAAGCGUCGCCUUAUCUCUAAGGCAGAGGCAAGAACUUGAAACUGCAGGCUUCAUCGAGAGGCAUCCUCCACCAGAGCAGUGGAUUAAGGUCAUGGAGCUCCUGGUACAGCGGGUGCAGGUGGGCUAACAUAAGACAAAUGGGGGGCGACGGAAAGGAGGGUUCUGAGCGAACCUGGGAUUUGCAAGCAACGAUACUGCUGAAUUGAGGGGCAUUUUUAAGGGAUUAAAGUUAGCAUGGGACCAGGGGAACAGAAGUGUCAUUUGGGAGAUGGAUUCUAAAGCGAGCUUGGCACUUUAUAGAGGAAGUGGAAAUUACAUCUCCACAUUUCAAUUCAGUGAAGCAAAUCAAAGAAUUUCCGAGCAAGGAUUGGACGUGAAGACUCCAGCAUGUCUGGAGAGAAGACGGUAGAAGUGCUGACUGGUUAGCUAGAGCAAGAUUGCAGCCACAAACCAACUCUAUUCACUCGGGUGAACCUCCAACGGCUAGAGCUGAUGUUCAGGGGAUAGCCAUCCCAGUUUGCUUGAAGGUUUAAGUGGCCUCGUGACACUCCUCAGAACCCAGAAAAUUAAUAAAUAUUUAAAUUGAGAUCAAUGAAUGCGUCAAGCAGAAUAUGUGGCAGGAGAUUAUAUAUCCGUCUGUACUGAUCUUUCUAGAGUGUCGUAUCACCGAAGUGCUUCCAUUCGAUGUGAGAAAAUUGUUGGCAUAUUUGUCCUAUUGCUUCGGGAUUCCUUUGUUGCUUGAACCUUUGAUCUCACUCUCAACGUGGGAGUGAAGCUUUUAGGUGGUGUUUCACAUGCAUCAGUGCUGGAGAUUUGAUGCGGAGAGGUUGUGUAGUUAGCCAACCAAGCUUCUCUCCAUACCAAGUCUGAAUAAAUUUUGGAAAGGAAUUCUUG